GUCACCUACCUGAAACGAGCAAACAAAAAAGAAACCGCUCAUUGCGUACGCCUGUUGUAAACAAAUCUAACGACUCGUGCGCAUCUUUGGCCCUGUUCGGCAUCCUGGUACUUUAAUUUACUUUCCUUUGAAAUCAUGUCGGAAAAGAAGUCAGCGGCAUCCGGCAACUCUACCGGUGGCGGUGGUGGUGGUGGCAGCGGUGGCGGCGACAAUAAAGAAAAGCGACGAAAGGAAUCGAUUCUCGACCUCAGCAAAUACCUCGAGAAAACGAUUCGGGUAAAGUUCUCCGGUGGUCGGGAAGCGGCCGGUGUGCUAAAGGGUUACGAUCCCCUGCUGAACUUGGUGCUGGACAAUACAAUAGAGUUUCUACGCGAUCCGGAUGAUUACAAACUGGCAGACGAUACACGGCAUUUGGGGCUGGUCGUGUGCCGUGGUACAUCGGUAGUGCUAAUCUGUCCACAGGAUGGUAUGGAAUCGAUACAGAAUCCUUUCAUCGCACAGGAAGGCUAACGAGGCUAUCGCAGCUACUAAGGGGUGUUGUUUUGCUGUACGGAACAUUCUGUCGUUAACUUGAUAGAAAACCGGCUUAUGCUUAAUGCCACACUACCACUUGUGAUCGUAUUAACUCCCUACCGGUGGUGCAAGCGGAACAUCAUCGAUACUUUUUUCAUUUGCCGAAUCGUUUCAAAGAUACCAUACUUUACAUACCUACAUGUUUUUGGUUCCACACACUAUUUUCGGUUAUUAACGAAAUGUUUCGUUACAGCACAUCUUAAUUUCUUUUAUUACUUUUUUUCCGUUAAGUUUUUUUGUCAUCUUCUCUUACCAUUCAUUUUCAUGUUUUGUAUCAAUGAAUAUCAGUUAACCAUUGCUACAAGCCCAUCGCUGGAAAGAACAGCCGUGGGAAAUGCUGUAAGAAUGUGAAAAACAGAAACGGAUCGAAUCAUGUUUACGGAUGAUCGGUAAAUCGAUCAAUUUAUUAACUUGUCUUAAGUAUGCUACUUACAUAACAUUUUGCUAGAAUCCGCGUGGACACACGCACACAAUUUCUAUCUUUCUUUGAUUCUAUUCCUUUCACGCCGAUAGCACAAUUUCCACGGUGUCCUAUCCACGCCUGGGCUUACAAAUAGUUGUUAAAAAUGUAACGCAAAUGAAAUAGGACAGCAUAGAGAGGGAGCAAUUUAACAGCACACAACACGUAAAACAUAAAAAACCGAACUGAUCGUAGCAAAAUCAUUCGCGUCUAUCCUAAAUUCUACUCGGUGUUGAGUUAUUCUUGUAAAUAAAUUCCAACCAACUCAAAACAAA